AUGGAAGAGGGAGAAAGAGAAAUAGAGACUCCAAAAUAAUUCAGUCUUCGCUAGCUUCGGCGGGGGGUUUGAAUGUUGUUCAAGAGGUUCAGAAGCAUGGAGACGCACAACCUUUAGAAAAUGGUUCAGAAUCACCAGAGGACACUGUAGCCUCUGUUUCAGAGAUGGUAUUGCAGCAUGUAGAGCACAUGCAAGCUAUGGCAAGGGGGAUUGUUCAGUCUGUACAGAUGCUAGUGACGCAUGCACAACUAGAAUUUGCCAGCUUCCGACCACCAACUUAUCUCCUCUCAGACAUAGACAAUGACUUACAGCAGCUCAUCUAUGUUCAGGAGCAAGCAGACGCGCAGCCUUCAGGUGAUGGUGCAGAGUCGUCGGACUUAUCAACUGCGGUGGAAGAUGGUGAUGCUCAGCGCUCUCAAAAGGAUCAUGUAAAGCGCCUUUGGGAUUUUUUGCAGCAGUUCCAAGUGCACCUGGAAGCUUUCAUUAGGUGGAUUCGUCGAUGGUUAAUGUGA